AUGCUGCGGUUCAUCCUGAGCCCGCAGGACAAGUGGGCUAAGGAUCGCGAGGCGGGCAUCGACUUCUUUCAAUCGCUUACCGCCUGGGAGGCGAUCGUGGCCGAGUAUGUGGACCAGAGUGGCGAGGCAGUCUCGGACAAUGUUAGGGCGAGCGUGCUGCUUGAGCGCGCGCCAGAUCCAUAUCGCGAAGUUCUGCGACAGGCCCCAGAGGAGGUGGGGCUCACGUUCGGCGCAGCUCGCAGCCACAUCAGGGGCUACUACAAUCAGGGAAGGACCUUCACACGCGUCCCAGACGUGGGCGGGGUCGUGCCGAUGCAGGUGGGUGCGUUUCGCGCCGGGCUUCCCAGUGGCAAGGCCAGCGGCAAGGGCAAGACGCACAAGUCGGACAAGUCAGGCGGGAAGUCGGGCAAGUUCCAGAAGGGCAAGGACUCGAAGACCAAGUCCAGGGCUCGCGACGGCGGCAAGCACGGCAAGAGCCAGACGGAGUACUUUGACGGCGAGUGCGGCUACUGCUGCAAGUGGGGCCACAAGCGGGCCGACUGCAGGAAGAAGAAGGCCGACGACGCGAAGAAAGAGCCAGAUCACACUCGAGCGGUUCAAGGCGACGCAGCCUCGUCAUCAGGCCAGCAGCCAGCGGAUGGCACGGCGAAGGCGGCGUCGGGCUACUACGACGGCACACCCGACGGCUGGGCGUUCGCGGUCACGGCGGGGACAGGCGGCAAGGUGGCGAAGGUCGGCGGCUCCAUCCAGAUCGACGGCGGCAGCGACGGACGCCUGAGGGGAGUUGAGAUGGCCAUGAAGGAGGGCAUCAAGGCGACGGCAGACUUCCUCGUUGCUGACGUGAACGAUGAUCUGCUGAGCAUGGGGAGGCUGCUCAGGCAGGGCUCCAGGUUCAACCUCAGCCUGGAGGGCGGGCUCUACAUGACGAACGGCCAUCGCAGCGUGCAGCUCGAGCCGGGGAGGAACAGCCUCAGGCUCCCGAUUGUCUCGGGUGGGCCUGCAGCCGAGGCUCACCAUUGCCGCUGCGCGGCAGAGCGGCAGGAUGCGGCGACGGCUCCUGUGCUCAACGCGGAUAGCUCGGUCGGCGCGAUGGGGGCCAGGCUGAGGGAGCUGUUCAUGCCCAUCUACGGCACCAAGGCGGAGCACUGGGACAGGCUCAUCGUGGCGGAGGCAGCGGCCAAGCGAUCGGAAGCUGAGAGGGCGCGCAAGCAGGCAGUCAAGGAGCAGCUCGGGAUCCAACGCGACCCCGUCGAGCCUAGGCAGCUACCCGUGCCGAAGGCUCCGAGUGCUGAGGAGGAGAGGCAGCGCCGCCUCGCCCAUCUGCCAGCCGCGCCCCGGCGCGAGGAGUGCAUCCGCGGCAAGGCGCCCGAUGCCCCCCACGCCCAGGUCACGCUCGAGGACUCCGAGCGGAAGGCGCCGCUCAUCAGCCACGACUUCGGCUUCUGCAAGACGGCUGAUGAGGACGGGGGCUCGACGAAGGUUGAGGACACAUGCGCGACGAUGCUCGUGGGGUUCAGCUCGGACGCGGGAGUAGUGAAGGUUCUUCCGUGCCCAUCGAAGUCGGCAUCGCCACGCGCGAUUGCAGGCAUCAAAUCGUCCGCGCAGCGGCUCGAGACGGGGAAGUGCAGACUCAGGACCGACUCCGAGCCUGCGACGAAGGCAAUCCUGGACGGGGCGGUCGCAGAGCUGACGGGCGAGGCCACUCCAGAACUGACGCCCAAGCACAGCAGCCAGUCGAACCCAGCGGAGGCGGCGGUGAAGAUCGUCGAGGGCCAGACGCGAGCCCUCAGGCUGGAUCUCGAGAAGCGCUACGGCACCAGGAUCACCGCGGCGAUGCCGAUCUGGGCCCCGCCGCAGGCCCCAGGCCCAGCGGCGGCGGCGAGCCCGCCGCAGCCACAGCCGCAGCCCCAGCAGCCGGCGCCGCCAGCGCCACGAGACGCGGCCAUCGGGGCGCCGCCCCUGCAGGCAGCGAGGCGCGGGAUGCCGCCGGAGGCGGAGGCCGCAGAGAGCAAACGAGCGCGGGUUGCAGCGGUUCACGAGCUGGACGUCGGCAACGUAGACGACCCACCCGACGCGUUCUGGGAGGAGAUCUCGGACGAGGUCGAGGACCCGACCGAGGGCACGUUCGACGUGGGCGCGCAGGACGAGCUGGACAAGAAGCUCACGCUGGAGAACCUGCAGAGCCUCUUGGACCACGGCGUCGGCGAGGACAUCCCCAAGUCGGAGGCAAGGGGAAUGAAGCACAUCGCCACCCGCUGGGAGAACCAGUGGAGGUGGAAGCCAGCGCGACAGGAGUGGCAGCGCAAGGUGAGGUUCGUCUGCCGUGAGUUCCGCUGGCAGGAGUGGCGCGACGACCUGUUCACGCCAGGAUCGGCUCCGAUCUCCAAUAGGCUCAUCGACUUCGUGGCUCUCAAGCGCGGCUUCGAGGUGAUGGCGCUGGACGCGACGGACGCCUUCUACCAGGCGCCCGAGCACGAGGACGUGGUGGUGGAUCCACCGCAGGAGUACCUGGACAGGCGCACGGCGUCGCCUGGCUGGGUGGAGCACAUGGCGGGCAUCCUCACGGACGAGAUGCGCAUGACGAGGUGCGAGGUGGCCCCUCAGUUCUUCUACAACUCGGAGACUGAGGUGGUGGUCGAGCUCCACAUGGACGACCUGCACAUGGCAGGACCGAGGGGCGCGCUGGAGGGCUUCCGCGACGAGCUGGGACAGCGCGUGACCUUCAGCGGCGGCGAGAUCCACGAGCACGGCACCACCUACGAGCACCUGAAGAGGCUGAGGGCGCGGUUCGAGCACGGGACGGAGCUGGAAGCGAACCCGAAGUACUUGGACUACGUGGCGGGGGCCCUCGGCCUCGGGAACUCGAACACGGCGCCCGCGCCAGGGGUGCCAGGUCACAAGGCACUCAUGGGGGGCACCUCUGCCCUGUCUCCCGUUCAGGCUGGCAUCUACCGAUCUUGCGCGGGGGCGCUUAUGUACAUGCCCAGGCCGACGGAGGGCUCGAACGCGGAACUGGUGGGCUACGGCGACAGCGAUCGGGCAGGUGACUUGCAGACGGGGAGGUCGCAGUCGAGCGGCAAUAUCGAGAUUGACAACGCCCCCAUGCACUCCUUCAGCAGGCGCCAGGGGAUCGCGGCGACCAGCUCGGGAGCGGCAGAGUACUACGCGGCGACGGCGGUCGCCGAGGACCUCCUUUACUUCAAGUCGCUCCUGGAGUUCAUGUGCUUCGCGGUGGCGGCUACUCUCUUGACGGACUCGUCGGCGGCCCGAGGGAUUGCCAAACGCGAGGGAGUUGGCAAGGUCAGGAGCCUGGAGGCGCGCGUGCUUUGGCCCCAGCAGGCGAUCAAGCGGAAGCUGAUGGACCUCGGGGCCGUCGGCACCGACGACAACAAGGCGGACUUGGGCACGCAGAUCCUCGGGCACGAGCGCUUCGUUGAGCACAGGGCGAUAAACGGCAUCCACACGGACAUGGGCCAGGUCGCCGAGAGCGACCACCAGUCGGAGGAGGUGGACUUCGGUGCGGGGGCGGCGGCUCGGGUUCGGCGCGCCAGAGGCGUGGCCACAUCACCGAGUGUGAACCGCCCAGCGGCCCUGGCGAUGAUUGCGGCGGCGGUGGCGCUCCUUCAAGGGUGCGAAGGACCCGCCGCCGAGCACGACGGUUACUACGACACGGAGGUUUGCCCCAAGGACGACGCGGUCGCGAGUGACUGGACGAACUAUUGGCUGGUGGUGGUCGUCUGGACGCUGGUCGUGGCCACCGUCUUCGGCUACGCGGGGUUCCGCUACGACGAGAAGAUCGACUCAGGCAUCGGCUGCAUGUCAACCACAUCGACCAAGUCGAUGGUGGAGCAGAGCAACCAGACGAGGAGGACGGUUGGCACACAAUCGCAGACAACGUACAAGUGGAGAUGGGCUGCUCCGCGUUUCCAGCCACUGUCGAUGAGCAUGCACGGUGCCUUCCUUGAGGUGCGUGCUGGGAGUAACGGCAAG